CUCCUCUUCCCUUUCCAGGGGAAAGUUUGAGUGGAGGCUUGUCAUGAUUAGCACGCAGAAAGCUGGUAGGGUGUCACUGGAAUUUUCUAGGGAGGCACAUGCGCAACACCCAAAAUGACUCCCAGCUUCGGUGGCCGCAGGUCAGCGCGUCGUGCCAGGCACCCUGGUCUGUUUCAGAAAGUGCUGCCAAGCUCCUGGACAAGAACCCAUUCUCGGUCAGUAACCCGAACCCUCUGCUUCCUUCACCUGCCAGCCUCCAACUGGCUCAACUGCAGGCCCAGCUCACCCUCCACCGGCUGAAGCUGGCACAGACAGCUGUCACCAACAACACUGCGGCUGCCACAGUCCUGAACCAAGUCCUCUCCAAAGUGGCCAUGUCCCAGCCUCUCUUCAAUCAACUGAGGCAUCCGUCUGUGAUCAGUGCCCCUCACGGCCAUGCUGGGGUGCCCCAACAUGCUGCAACUAUACCCGGUACCCGGUUUCCCUCUAAUGCAAUUGCCUUUUCACCCCCCAGCCAGACACGAGGCCCAGGACCCUCCAUGAACCUUCCCAGCCAGCCCCCCAAUGCCGUGGUGAUGCAUCCUUUCACUGGGGUGAUGCCUCAGACCCCUGGCCAGCCAGCAGUCAUCUUGGGCAUUGGGAAGACCGGGCCUGCUCCGGCGACAGCAGGAUUCUAUGAAUAUGGCAAAGCCGGGUCUGGCCAGACGUAUGGCCCUGAAACAGAUGGUCAGCCCAGCUUCCUGCCAGCCUCAGCCUCAACCUUGGGUGGUGUGACUUAUGAAGGGCACUACGGUCACACAGGGCAAGAUGGUCAAGCUGCCUUUUCCAAAGAUUUUUAUGGACCCAACUCCCAAGGGUCCCAUGUGGCUGGUGGAUUUCCAGCUGAGCAGGCUGGGGGCCUGAAAAGCGAGGUCGGGCCAUUGCUGCAGGGCACAAACAGCCAAUGGGAGAGCCCCCAUGGAUUCUCGGGCCAGAGCAAGCCUGAUCUUACAGCAGGUCCCGUGUGGCCUCCACCCCGCAGCCAGCCCUAUGAGCUGUACGACCCCGAGGAACCAACCUCAGACAGGACGACUCCUUCCUUCGGGGUUCGGCUUAACAACAGCAAACAGGGUUUUAUCGGUGCUGGGCGGAGGGCCAAGGAGGAACAGGUCUUGCUGUCUGCGAGGCCCCUGCAGGCUCAAGAGCUGAACGACUUUCACGGUGUGGCCCCCCUCCACUUGCCGCAUAUCUGUAGCAUCUGUGACAAGAAGGUGUUUGAUUUGAAGGACUGGGAGCUGCAUGUGAAAGGGAAGCUGCACGCUCAGAAAUGCCUGGUCUUCUCUGAAAAUGCUGGUAUCCGGUGUAUUCUUAGUUCGGCAGAGGGAACACUGUGUGCUUCUCCUAACAGCACAGCUGUUUAUCACCCUGCUGGGAGUGAAGAUUAUGCCUCAAAUCUCGGAACAUCAUAUGCGCCCAUUCCAGCAAGGUCCUUUGCUCAGUCAAGUCCCACAUUUCCUUUGGCUUCCGCGGGGACAAAUUUUGCACAGUGGAAAGGGGCUGGCCGCGUGGUGCACAUCUGCAAUCUCCCUGAAGGAAGCUGCACUGAGAAUGACGUCAUUAACCUGGGGCUGCCAUUCGGAAAGGUCACUAAUUAUAUCCUCAUGAAGUCGACUAAUCAGGCCUUUUUAGAGAUGGCUUACACAGAAGCUGCACAGGCCAUGGUCCAGUAUUAUCAAGAAAAAUCUGCUGUGAUCAAUGGUGAGAAGUUGCUCAUUCGGAUGUCCAAGAGAUACAAGGAAUUGCAGCUCAAGAAACCCGGGAAGGCCGUGGCUGCCAUCAUCCAGGACAUCCAUUCCCAGAGGGAGAGGGACCUGUUCCGGGAAGCAGACAGAUAUGGCCCAGAAAGGCCACGGUCUCGUAGUCCAGUGAGCCGGUCACUCUCCCCGCGGUCCCACACUCCGAGCUUCACCUCCUGCAGCUCUUCCCACAGCCCUCCAGGCCCCUCCCGGGCUGACUGGGGCAAUGGCCGUGACUCCUGGGAGCACUCUCCCUAUGCCAGGAGGGAGGAAGAACGAGACCCAGCUCCCUGGAGGGAGAACGGUGAUGACAAGAGGGACAGGACGGAGCCCUGGACACAUGAUCGUAAACACCACCCCCGGCAACUGGACAAGGCGGAGUUGGACGAUCGACCGGAAGGAGGGAGGCCCCACCGGGAAAAGUACCUGAGGUCUGGGUCUCCCAACCCGCCCCACGCUGGGUCCAGCUACAAAAGCCGCGAAGACGGCUACUACCGAAAAGAGCCCAAAGCCAAGUCGGACAAGUAUCUGAAGCAGCAGCAGGAUGCCCUCGGGAGGUCCAGGAGGAAAGAAGAGGCCAGGCUGCGGGAAAGCAGACACCCCCAUCCCGAUGACUCAGGCAAGGAAGAUGGGCUGGGGCCAAACGUCACUAGGGCCCCUGAGGGCGUCAAGUCCAAGCAGAAUGAGAAAAAUAAAACCAAGAGACCUGAUAGAGACCAAGAAGGAGCUGACGAUAGAAAAGAAAACACAAUGGCAGAGAAUGAGGCUGGAAAAGAGGAACAGGAGGGCAUGGAAGAAAGCCCUCAAUCAAUGGGCAGGCAGGAGAAAGAAACAGAGUUCUCUGAUCCAGAAAACACAAGGACAAAGAAGGAACAAGAUUGGGAGAGUGAAAGUGAGGCAGAGGGGGAGAGCUGGUACCCCACUAACAUGGAGGAGCUGGUGACGGUGGACGAGGUGGGGGAAGAAGAAGAUUUUAUCAUGGAACCAGACAUCCCAGAGCUGGAAGAAAUCAUGCCCAUUGAGCAGAAAGACAAAAUCAGCCCAGAAACAUGUCCGUGUGUGACAACCACCUUAGAGCUGGCCAAAGAUUUCCCCAAGGAGGGAGUCAAGGCUGUAGGGAGUGGGGCUGCAGAAAUCAGCCUCAAGUCACCCGGAGAACUGCCCUCUGCUUCCACAAGCUGUCCCAGUGCCAUGGACAUGGAAAUGCCUGGCCUAAAUCUGGAUGCUGAGCGGAAGCCAGCUGAGAGUGAGACAGGCCUCUCCCUGGAGGAUUCAGAUUGCUACGAGAAGGAGGCAAAGGGAGUGGAGAGCUCAGAUGUUCAUCCAGCUCCUACGGUCCAGCAAAUGUCUUCCCCUAAGCCAGCAGACGAGAGGGCCCGGCAGUCAAGCCCAUUUGUCGAUGAUUGCAAGACCAGGGGGACCCCUGAAGAUGAGGCUUGUGAAGACAGCCCCUUGGAGGAGAAAGCCAGCCCCCCCACUGAAACCGACCUCCAAAGCCAAGCUUGCCAAGGAGUGUUGACCCCGGAAAACUCCAGGUACAUGGAAGUGAAAUCUCUGGAGGUGAGGUCACCAGAGUACAGUGAAGUGGAACUGAAACAGCCCCUUUCUUUGCCCUCCUGGGAACCAGAGGAUGUGUUCAGUGAACUUAGCAUUCCUCUAGGGGUGGAGUUCGUGGUUCCCAGGACUGGGUUUUAUUGCAAGCUGUGUGGGCUGUUCUACACGAGUGAGGAGACAGCGAAGAUAAGCCACUGCCGCAGCGCUGUCCACUAUAGGAACUUACAGAAAUAUUUGUCCCAGCUGGCUGAGGAGGGCCUUAAGGAGACAGAGGGGGCAGGUAGUCCGAGGCCAGAGGACAGUGGAAUCGUGCCACGCUUUGAAAGGAAAAAGCUCUGAUGCUUCUGCCUCUGCUGCUGCCACGCGAAGGUGUGAGAGGAGAGCUUGCCAAGUGGGGCCCUCCUGAUCCCGGUGACAGGACUAAGGCCUGAGAGGAAGGAAAACCAAGCAGGGCAUGUUGCUUGGGUUUGUUCCCAGAGACUCUGUGAAAUGCCCCUGAAACGUCUCCAGGAGCCAAGUCACCCAGGCGUGUCCAGCGCGCUGAGGGUCACCAGCUCGCUCCCUGUUAACUCUUGUUUCUCUCAAACAAUCAUUCAGUUUGUUUUUCUUUCUUCUCCUCUUGUUCCCUCCCCCCACUCUCCUUAUGUGCCAAGGAUCAUUUUCUUUUCACAAAAUCCAACUUCUCAGGGAUUUUCACUGUGUUAAAAUUCUUGAUGGGAUAUAACAGGUCAGGCCUGGCUGAGUCACGCAAGGAAAAGGUUUAAUGGAAACUCCUGGGUCAGGCGAACCCCUGCAGUGAGUCUGCAGCAGUGUCUCUGCCUGGUGUCCCUUGUAUCCUGUGCACUGGGGAGCCGAGUCGGGUCUGCAGUCCCAGUGAGGGGACAUUACAGACAAUCUGUUGGCAGAAGCUGGGAGUGGCUUCAUUAACCUCUUCCUCCAGCUGGGCCCCCCUUUUGAAAAGCCCCCUGUUUUUAAUAAUUCUUUCAUCCUCUCAGUUGUUCCAGAAGUCUGCCAGACUUAUGCCUUAAAGUAAAAUUAAAUGAAUUUUAGAGAAGAUGAAAAAAGCCCUUCAUUUUGGAAGCUCCGAUAAGUUUCUUCCAAACUUACUUCCCUCCUCUUGAUUUCAGGAGAUGUCAGAGUUUGUUCUAUUCUGGACAAUGGAUUUGGUACAGAUUCACUGUAAUUAAAAAUAAAAAUGGAAGCGUCUUCUUCCUCCAGCUAAAACAGCAGUUGGCGUGGGCUUAGGUUGAACGCUGGCCUCUCCGCAAUGCAUGGCAUUGGCGUGAGACACAGUUACAAGGAAAUAUCAUCUGUCCUUGACUCAGCCUUGGUGCCUGCACUCUGGGGUACAUCCACCUCACAGUCGGGUGGUUUUUAAAUAGCCCCUCAGUCAGGGGAGAAGCUAAGGAAAGAGAAGGCUGCAGAGCCAAAGAGUGGCAUUAAGGUUUGCUGGGCGUCUGUAGAUGGGCCCUUUGCAGCUGGGCAGAUGCUUGAGGGCUCCUUGGGCUGGACCAAAUGUUCAGAGUUUGAUACCAAAGUGUUACGAAGAGUCCUGAUUCCCACUGCUCUUUCUGGUACUGGAGGGUCGGUGCCUGUAGGAUGUGGGGUCUCUAGCUUGGUAUUCUAAUGAAAGGGUGUGGGAUAGAGGUGCUGGGGCAAAUGAGGCUCUGCUAAAGCCAGAGAGAGGCCCUCGGGCAGUUAGAAAGGGAGCCCGGAGCUGUUUUCAUGAGCUGAGACACUCUCCUGAAAGCACCGUCCACGGCUUAGCCCAGGAAAAAUAAAACAAGGAAGACAGGUCACUCUCCCCUAGGCAGUUCCUGCUGUUUCUGUUCCUGACCUUGGGCAGGCAGACUGAGAAGGGAUUGUGUAGGGUUUGGGUUUUUUUUUUUUUUUCAUUUCCCUUUUUAUGGCAUGUGAGAGUGUACUGCACAUUCUGUCCUCUGUACUCAUGGAAGAAGGGCAGAGAGAUUAGUUCAAGGCUGACAUUUUAUAUCAGGCAACUGAGGCACACAAAGGGAACAAAUGCAGAGCCUAAAACAAUCGGAGUAAACCUGACAGCAUGCAGUCAUUGGCCAGGGACAGACUCCUGGGAGCCAGUGAGAGCAAACAGUGAAGGCAAGCUCCAGGGGAAAAGCAGACCAGCAAGAACAGGUGUGAUGCGGAGAGGUCGGAACAAGCGAGAAACCUGAACUCGUCAUCAUCAUCAGGCUAUUAAAUACAAUUCAGAGGAGGCCGUUGGUUUGGACUGAGCCCCCCUGCACUCGGCCCACCAGACCAAAACAAAAGCAAGUCACUCAUGUUAAAGUUCUGCCUUCCAAGAAAUCAGGAGAGAGAGAGACAGAAUAGCCAAAUCCCCAAACAGGCCAGUUUUAACCAGCAUGAUGAAGAUGUGUCCUUGGUUUUAACCUUUACAAGGAAGGGAACUUUGAGACGUCCAGUCUGGUGUUUCUUUGUGUCUGCUUUCCUCAGCCCUUUUCUGUCUAUAAAGCCAACCUCCUCCGCUCAGCUCAUGGGAACACUUUCUAUUUUAUAGAGUGAUGUGUUGCCCAGUUCUAGAAUCAAAAAUAAAAGCCAACUAAGAUCUUUAAAUUUGUUGUAAUUUUAUCUUUUGACAAGACCAUAUGGGGGCUGCUGAAAAGUUGGUAUCUCAAAUAAAGUCUGAAGACCAUGGCUCAGCCCAGCUUGUUCCCUGGCCAACUCCACGAAUUUGAACCUGGCAUUCUGGACAUCAGCUAUGCCUCCUCCAUUUCUCAGAAAACCUUUGCUCCUGUGUGUCUUUCUUCCCACUGGAGGGAAUUCUAGGGGCAGUUCUUUGUCCUUUUUGCUGAACUUUGCUAGAAAAAGCCCACAUCUUCCAUCAGAGGCUAGAACUGCACGUUAUUAGAGAGACUGGACGCUUUAUCCCCUAGCAAAGUGGGAGCAUACUUCACCAGCUCAUUCCCUGCGCCUCCCCGCCUUCCCCAACCCCCCAUCCCCAGCAGCAUUUUCAUGGAAAUCCAGAUGGUCAUGUAAUGUUAUGGCUUCCUUGUUGAUAGACUGAUCUUCAUGCUGGAAAGCUAGGGAAAGCCCUUGGGAGGGAGAGAGACGAGGCACUAUCUGCAUUCAAUCAGAACCUUCAGUCUAAAAUCAUCGAAAAGUCUAUACUUGUGUGUACAUAUGUAUUUAUUUUUAUUUAUUUUUAUACAAUUCCAUUGGCAUGGUCCUUCACCGACCCUAUGAUUUGCACUUUUUAUUCCUAUGUGUGCCACACACAAUGCACUAUUAAAGGCAACCAGGAAAAUAUUGAUUUAUUUUUUAAAGCUUUUCUUCAGUGUUUUGUCAACCAUUUCAAAGUAUCUCCCAGAAAACAAUGCUGAAGAGCAAUUGCCACCUUGAGCAACAGAUUCAUAUUUACCCCGGGGUUAAUAUAACAAAAAUAUAACCCCUGUAUAAUUUUCUUUUCAUUGCUAACACCCAAAAUACCAUCUAUCUAGACAGUAUUCCCAAAUGAUUUGGAAAAUUCAAUGGUGUGAGCAGAAGCCGUUGGUGUAUCAGGGUUUCCCAUUCUUGGACAGUCCAGGGCUGUGACCUGUUAGGUAAUUAGAUUAUACUUGAACUGGACCAGAGUUUGUUUUUUGAAUUUAUGAGAAAAACAAAAACACUAAGUUAAUUUAAGUUUGAACUUGUAAAGUAUUGAAAUUUGUUGAGUGUCCUAUUAAUUGUCACUACUUUUCCUGAUCUGUGUAACUGACUGCAAAGUGUUUGUUUUUACAAAAGAGAUAAAAAAGAUUUUUAAUAAAGAGAAUUUGAAAGCUG